CAUCCUAAAAAGCAAUGUUUGAUAUUUCCACUUGUUUUGAUUUAUUUAGUCCCAUAAAUCAAACCAUCUUAAUCCCUCCGUCAUGUGACUUUCCCCUAGCUGGCAAAACUACUUGACUUAAAAAGCUCUCUCAAUACUCUUUUUCUUCCUAUUCACAUAACAUGCAAUAAAAAGCCUACACCUUCCUCCUCCUCCUACUACCAAAGCCUCUACCAAUCUUGCCAAUGGGAACUCUGGAAGUAGAAACACCUUACUUCGCCGCUGCCGCCACCAAUGUCACGAAACUCUCCGACCCAGAAAAACCCAUCAGCGGCGUUGAAGAAGACGACGACGUUUCACCUAUUGAGGAGGUCCGGCUAACUGUUAAUAACACCGAUGACCCAACCUUGCCUGUUUGGACCUUCAGGAUGUGGUUUUUGGGCUUACUAUCAUGUGGGCUUCUUUCUUUUCUAAAUCAGUUCUUUGCCUACAGAACGGAGCCUCUUGUAAUUACACAAAUUACAGUUCAAGUGGCCACACUUCCUGUUGGCCAUUUCUUGGCUGCUGUACUUCCUAAGACUCAGUUUCGGAUCCCAGGUUUCGGGUCAAGAAACUUUUCUUUAAACCCGGGUCCGUUUAAUGUGAAGGAGCAUGUGCUUAUUUCCAUUUUUGCUAAUGCUGGAAGUGCUUUUGGAUAUGGAUCUGCUUAUGCUGUUAGUAUUGUUACUAUUAUUAAAGCGUUCUAUAAAAGGAAAAUCUCUUUCUUGGCUAGUUGGAUUCUCAUCAUCACUACCCAGGUACUUGGAUACGGUUGGGCAGGGCUUCUGAGGAAAUAUGUAGUGGAGCCUGCACAUAUGUGGUGGCCAAGUACUUUGGUUCAAGUUUCACUCUUCAGGGCUUUACAUGAGAAAGAUGAUAGAGAUCAACGCAUGACACGAGCCAAGUUCUUCCUAAUUGCACUUAUAUGCAGCUUUUCCUGGUAUUUAGUUCCAGGGUACCUAUUCACAACACUUACAAGCAUUAACACUUACAGCUUCGUGAUGGCUUGUGGGUGUCGUUCAAAGUCAGUACACAGACGAACCUAGGCUCAGGCAUGAGGGCUUCUUGACAUGGGAGCCACGGUGACGCUUGAGCUGACUGCAGUCCUUCCUUCUCUGUUCAAGCGCCUCAUUAGCCUUUCACUUUGACCAUUUUCAAAAUGUUUUUUGUGGGACAAUGUUUUUGUGGGAUAUGUGUUGAUAAUUUACAUUGCCAUUCCCAUUGCUUACUGGGGUCUAGACUUGUACAAUGCACACAGAUUUCCAAUAUUCUCUUCACAUUUGUUUACAGCUCAAGGAAAUAAGUAUGAUAUACCAGCUAUAGUUAAUGACAAAUUCGAGCUAGAACUACCGAAGUAUGAGGAGCAAGGAAAAAUUCAUUUAAGCAUGUUUUUUGCUCUGACUUAUGGCUUUGGUUUUGCGACCAUUGCAUCGACUCUUACCCAUGUGGCUUUCUUCUAUGGAAGGGAGAUCUAUGCAACAUAUCGUGCUUCUUACAAAGAAAAGGAGGAUAUCCACACCAGAUUGAUGAAAAGAUACAAGGACAUUCCUUCCUGGUGGUUUCACUUGUUAUUGGCUGUGACACUCGCAGUUGCUCUUGUUCUCUGCUUAGUCUUGAAUGAUCAGGUUCAAAUGCCAUGGUGGGGACUCGUCUUUGCCAGUGCUAUGGCUUUCUUCUUCACACUCCCAAUCAGCAUUAUAACUGCAACAACAAACCAGGUAAUUUAUUGAACUUUUACCCUAACUUGGAAAUCUAAAUCUGAAAAAAGUUAAAAGAUUAAAAAAAAAAAAUU